CUGGCACUUGGUGAGGGAUCCCUUAAUGGCACCAGUACAAGUUUCACCUUCCUUUUCCUUCUUACUCCAAUGCUUAUGAAAAAGAGGGAACUAAGCUGCAGAAGCCAGACAGUGAAGAUUUCUUCUGGAGAGGUUACAUCCAGUGAUCUGAAACAUAAUGAUUUUCCGAAAGGGUGAUCAUGUGUGGCUGGAAACUAACCCAAAUAGUGAAUUCAAUGUCCCUAUUGGGGCAGUCGUGAAGGACUCUGAGUCAGGACGGAUCUUGCUGGAGGAUGAUGAAGGCAAGGAGCACUGGAUCACGGCUCGGAACAUGCACAUGGUGCGCCUGAUGCACCCCUCCUCUGCUCACGGGGUGGAAGACAUGAUCAGCCUCGGGGAUCUCCACGAAGCAGGCAUGGUCCACAACCUCCUCAUCCGCCACCAGGAGCACAAAAUCUAUACUUAUACAGGAUCAAUCUUGGUGGCAGUGAAUCCGUACCAGCUGCUGCCCUUGUACACAGUUGAUCAGAUCAGACUGUACUGUAACAAGAGGAUUGGAGAGCUGCCACCUCAUGUCUUCGCCAUUGCAGACAACUGCUAUUUCAAUAUGAAGAGGAAUAAGAGAGACCAGUGCUGUGUGAUCAGUGGAGAAUCUGGAGCUGGGAAGACUGAAAGCACAAAGCUGAUACUACAGUUUUUGGCAGCUGUCAGUGGCCAGCAUUCCUGGAUAGAGCAGCAAAUCCUAGAGGCCAACCCCAUUCUGGAAGCUUUUGGAAAUGCCAAGACAAUUCGAAAUGACAAUUCAAGCCGCUUCGGGAAAUACAUUGAUAUCCACUUCAACCAAAGUGGUGUGAUAGAAGGAGCCCGGAUAGAACAGUUUCUUCUGGAGAAGUCCCGGGUUUGCCGGCAGGCUCCGGAGGAGAGGAACUAUCACAUCUUCUACUGUAUGCUAAUGGGGAUGAAUACAGAGCAGAAAAAGAUGCUGAAUCUGGGCACUGCUUCAGAGUACACUUAUCUCACUAUGGGCAACUGCACGUCCUGUGAUGGCCGGAAUGACGCAAAGGAUUAUGCCCACAUCCGCUCAGCUAUGAAGAUCCUCAUGUUCUCAGAUUCUGAGCACUGGGACAUCAGCAAGCUGCUGGCUGUGAUCCUGCACCUGGGGAAUGUGGAAUUUGAAGCGGCUGUGUACGACAACUUGGACUGCUCUGAUGUGAUGGACUCACCACACUUUUCAAUCGCAACCAAAUUGCUUGAGGUGGACUCCAGUGAACUCCAGAGCAGCCUCACAAACCUCUCCAUCAUUGUCCGAGGAGAAAGCGUGUCCAGGCCUCUGAACGUAUUUCAAGCUGCAGACGGGAGGGAUGCCUUUGUGAAGGGCAUAUAUGGAAGGAUUUUCCUAUGGAUAGUGAACAAGAUCAACUCGGCCAUUUUCAACCCAACUUCUCGGAAGUCUAAAGACAGAUGUCAGUCCAUUGGGCUGUUGGACAUUUUUGGGUUUGAAAACUUCAGCAACAACAGCUUUGAGCAGCUCUGCAUUAACAUUGCCAAUGAGCACCUUCAGCAGUUCUUCGUGAACCAUGUCUUCAAGAUGGAGCAAGAGGAAUACCUUGCAGAGCACAUUGCCUGGAAUAACAUCAACUUCACUGACAACCGCCAGGCUCUGGAUGUCAUCGCGCUCAAGCCUAUGAAUAUCAUCUCCCUCAUUGAUGAAGAGAGCAAGUUCCCAAAGGGCACAGAAGCCACCAUGCUCGUCAAAAUCAAUUCCCUCCAUGGCAAAAGUAACGUCUACAUCCCACCCAAGAGUGUCCAUGACACCAAGUUUGGCAUCAACCACUUUGCUGGGGUUGUCUUUUAUGAAUCGAAAGAUUUCCUGGAGAAAAAUCGGGACACGCUGAGUGCUAACGUAAUGCAAGUGGUUCAUUCUUCCAAAAACAAAUUCCUGAAGGAGAUUUUCCAGGUGGAAACAACUGCACUUAGUCUGGGACGUGGGACCGUCCGGCAUCUUGGAGCUGACCAGGCCUACAAGGGCUCGGAUACCACCAAACGGCUCUCUACUCUGGGAGGACAGUUCAGGCAAUCCCUGGAAAAACUAAUGAAAAUCCUCGAGCAGUGCCAGCCAUACUUCAUCCGCUGCAUCAAACCAAAUGACUACAAGAAACCACUGUUGUUCGACCGGGAGCUGUGUAUCAAACAGCUGCGAUAUUCAGGGAUGAUGGAGACCAUCCAGAUCAGGAAAGCUGGCUUCCCAAUUCGCUACAAAUUUGAGGAGUUCUUAGAGAGAUACAGAGCUCUCCUGCCGUGGUCUCUUCGAGAACAGCUGAAGAAUGAUGCUCGACAGAGCUGUAUCAGCAUCUCCGAAGCAGUGCUGGGCAAGGAUGAAAGCUGGCAAGCUGGAAAGACCAAGAUUUUCCUUAAAGAUCAUCACGAUACGGUAUUGGAGCUGCAACGCCAAACUAUACUCACAGAUAAGGCUCUUAUUAUCCAGAAGGUGAUGAGAGGACUGAAGGACAGGAAGCAGUUUCUGAAGCAGAGGAAGUCUGCUGUAGCCAUUCAGUCAGCCUGGCGAGGCUACUGCUGCCGGAAGGAUUUCAGAAUGGUUAUGCUGGGUUUCGGGCGCCUGCAGGCCCUCUACCGGAGCCGGCAGCUUGCUAAACAGUACGGAGCAACCCGGGCUCAUAUCAUCAGGCUUCAGGCCGUGUGCCGUGGUUACCUCAUGCGUCAAAAGAUAGAAGAACAGAAGAAAGCUGUACGUGUUAUACAGGCGUAUGCAAGGGGCAUGUUUGCUCGCCGAACCUACCAGAGGAUGAAGAAGGAGAACAAGUACAGGCUGGAAGCCAGGAAUAUCCGCUUGGAAGAAGAGAAACGUCUCAUGCUAGUCCUUGGACCAGCGAAAGCAAGGGAAGAAGCUAUGAAAUUAGAAAAGGAACACCUGGCUUCUCUGGAGAGAGAGGAGGCAGAAGAAAGACAAAGGAGGAGUGCUCUUGCCAAUAAACCAGCAAAUCAUGAUGUUAUCAGCGAUCAAGAAAUGGUGGACAAAAUUUUUGGGUUUUUACCUUCCAUGAUCGGAGGCCAAGAAGGACAGGCUCCUCUGGGUUUUGAGGACUUGGAAACAAAGCCUAGCAAGCUGGACGAGGUGGACCUGGACAUGGUUCCCAUGAGUGUGGAGCUAGAAGAGGAAGCAGAUGGUUUGGAAGAGUACACCUUCCCAAAGUUUGCAGCUACUUAUUUCCAGGGAUCAUCUACACAUACACAUAUUCGGAGACAUCUGCGGCACCCACUACUCUACCAUGAUGACAAGGACAACAUCCUGGCUUCUCUAGUUGUGUGGGUUGUCAUCCUGAGGUUCAUGGGGGACCUGCCAGAGCCAACAAUGUUUGCCAAGAAUGCCACCAGUAAGAGCGGCUCUGUGAUGACACAGCUAUAUGACACACUUGGCAGGAAAAACCAGAGCCAAGUAGAUAAGUACUCUAGGGUUCUGCUUGGCUUCUUUCAGGUGGCAAACCAGCUGAGAAGUGGAGAAGAGGCUUUCCAAGAGGACAGCUCUAUCUCUGAGAGACCUAUGUCCAACCUAGAAAAAGUGCACUUCAUUAUUGGCAAUGCAAUUCUGCGUCCUGCCAUCAGAGAUGAGAUUUAUUGCCAGAUUUGCAAACAACUCACCGAAAACAGCAACAGGAGCAGCUAUGCCCGAGGCUGGAUCCUUCUGUCACUUUGCCUUGGCUGCUUUCCUCCCUCAGACACAUUUGUGAAGUACCUGUUGAAUUUCAUCCACCAUGGCCCCCCAGGCUAUGCCCCAUAUUGUGCUGAACGUUUGAGACGUACCUAUGUCAACGGAGCACGGACUGAACCUCCGAGCUGGCUGGAACUUCAGGCAACAAAGCAGAAGAAACCGAUUAUGUUUAAUGUCACCCUGAUGAAUGGCCAAAGCAUCACUGUCCCAGCAGACUCUGCUUCCACUGCCAAAGAGAUCUGUCAGUUCAUAGCAGAUAAAACCAAACUGAAGGAUGUGUUUGGCUUUUCGCUCUACAUUGCUGUGUUUGAUAAGGUGUGGUCACUGGGUGGAGGACGAGAUCACGUCCUGGAUGCCAUCUCCCAGUGUGAGCAGCUGGUGAAGGAGCGGGGCACGCACGAACGCAAUGCGCCCUGGCGACUCUACUUCCGGAAGGAAAUCUUCACCCCCUGGCACAACUCCCGGGAGGAUCCUGUCAGCACCGAUCUCAUUUACCACCAGGUCAUUCGCGGCGUCCGCUUUGGAGAGUACCGUUGUGAGAAGGAGGAGGAUUUGGUGGAGAUAGGUGCAAAAUAUUGUUACAUCCAGUUUGGAGAUUCCAUCCACAAUGAACUCGUGCAGAAGGUGCUCCAUGACUGUAUCCCAGUGAAACAGCUGAAGUCCAAGCCCCUGGAAAAGUGGGUGAGCCUUAUAACCUACGCACACGCCAAGGCCCCAUACACACAGGACCGUCUCUCCCGUCAGACUGUGAAGGAACAGCUUGUAGAUUUUGCUCGCUUUCAGUGGCCUUUGCUUUUUUCCCGAUUCUUUGAAGUCACUAAGUUUUCAGGUCCCAGCUUGCCCAAGAACCACUUUAUCGUUGCUGUAAACUGGAAAGGUAUCUGCUUCUUGGAUGAGUCAGAAAAACGGCUCCUUGAGCUGACCUUCCCAGAGAUAACUGGCAUCCACACCAACAGGGCAGUGAAGUCAUUUGGACAGAGUUGCACUCUCAUCACACUUCGUGCCGAGGAGUUUGUCCUGACAUCUGUAAACAGUGUUGUUAUUGCCGAACUGGUGGUCAUGUUCCUGGAAGGCCUGAAGAAGAGAUCACGAUUUGCUGUGGCAAUGCAUGAGAAAAAAUCCCAAGAAGACCCUGCUAUCCUGUCCUUCAAGAAGGGAGACUUGCUAAUCUUGACUGAAGACAAAAGCCUGGAUGCACACUCUGACUGGAUCUAUGCCCAGAAUGAAAGGACAGGCAAAACAGGGAAUGUAUUUUUGGAAGACACCUACAUCAUCCCUUCUCUCACAAAACCCUCUAGUCAAGUGCUGACUCUGCUGAUGAUGUCUCCAGACCAGAGGAGGACAGCUUCACAGAACUCCUACGUGGAUGAACCUGAUGAAGAGGAUCUCAAAGUGAAGCCCUACACCCUGGAGGAGUUCUCCUAUGAACACUUCAGGACUCCUGAGAAGGAAUCCAUCAGCAAAGCUGUUCUCCAGAAAUCCCGCGGGCGCAGUCAGCUGUGGGCACAUUCUAAGGAGCCUUUGAAACAGCCCUUGCUGAAGACAGCGUGCGCAGACCCUGAUCUUCGGGACUUGGCUUGCCAGGCCUUCAUCGCCAUCAUGAAAUUCAUGGGGGACUAUCCCUCAAAACAUGCACACUCUUCCGUGGAAGUCACCGACCAGAUCUUUGUAGCAGCUAUCCAGGAGGAGGUCCUGCGGGAUGAGAUUUACUGUCAGAUCAUGAAGCAACUUACGGAGAACAGAAACAGGUACAGCGUGACCAAGGGCUGGCAGCUCCUUUGGCUCUGCACUGGCCUCUUCCCACCCAGCAAAUCACUGCUGAAACAUGCCCAGAAAUUCAUAGAGACACGUCAGAAAGAGAAACUGGCCCUGGAGUGCAGUCGGCGGAUUCAGACAGUGAUGAGGAGCGGCUCCAGGAAGUGGGCACCUCAUCCUGUGGAGGUUGAGGCCAUCUUACAGAACAACACAAAGAUCUCACACAAGAUUUGCUUCCCCAAUGAAACAGAACAGACAUUCAGUGUGGGAACGAACACCAAAAUCCGGACUCUGUGUCAGAAAAUCGCUUCCAAAUUGCAGCUGAGCUCCUGGGAAGGUUUCAGCCUCUUUGUGAAGAUUGCAGACAAGGUGAUCAGUCAGAAUGAAGCAGACUACUUCUUCGACUCAUUAAGGCAGGUGACAGACUGGAACAGGAAGAACAAACCAGGCAAAGAUGGGGCUACCAUGUCUGUCGCCUACGAGGUGUACUUCAUGAGAAAGCUGUGGCUGAAUGUAACUCCUGGGAAGGACCUGAAGGCUGAUGUCAUUUUUCAUUACCACCAGGAAUUGCCAAAGUACCUCAGAGGCUACCACAAGUGUUCCAAGGAUGAAGCUGUCCAGCUGGCAGGGCUGAUUUACAAAGUGCGCUUCAACAAUGACCGCACACAGCUGGCAACCAUCCCCAAAAUCUUGAAGGAGCUGGUGCCAGACAAUCUGCUCCGAGCAAUCUCGACAGAUGAGUGGAAGAAGAGCAUCAUUGCAGCAUACAGCAAACACGAAGGAAAAACUGUGGAUGAGGCCAAGAUUGCCGUCUUGAAAAUGAUAUACCGGUGGCCAACAUUUGGAUCAGCCUUCUUUGAGGUGAAGCAAACCUCGGAGCCAAAUUUCCCAGAGAUCGUGCUGAUUGCAAUCAACAAGCAAGGAGUCUCAGUGAUACAUCAGAAGACAAAGGAUAUUUUAACAGUCUACCCCUUCAACAAAAUCUCCAAUUGGAGCAGUGGGAGCACAUACUUUCACAUGACAAUAGGGAACCUGGUACGAGGAAGCCGGAUCUUAUGUGAGACAUCUCUGGGUUACAAAAUGGAUGACCUGUUAACAUCCUACGUACACCUGCUAAUGAAUGCUGUAAACAAGCAAAAGCAUCUCCCAGCUUGAGAGUGGAAAUAGAACCUAUGACCUGUAUCUGUGCCAAAUGAGCUGUAAUUUCAUCUCCCAAAAGAAAUGCCAUUUAAAAAAAAAUAUUAAACUUGAUGAUCAGUCUUCUGAUCGCACACCGAAUGAACUGCGUUGCUGAAAUAUUACCACAAGAGAAGCUCAACUGAGCAUGUUUCAAAGAUCUGUAACACUUGUCUGUCUUAGAGGUAGUAUAAGAAUUCCAUUCAGACUUUGGAUUUAGAGAAAGUUUAGCUGGAUUUUAAUGUAACAGGGGAGCUGGGGGUGGAGGAACCCAAAUAUGAGAGUCUUUUCUGAUACUCUAAAUCUCCUCCAUUCUUAAAGAGAGACACACUUUAACAGUUGUCUUCCUUUUGGAAAGAAAAUAUCCCCUUGUUGCAUGUGCUCUUACCAAAUGCAUAAACUCCUUGAGUCUUUGCAAACAAAGGUAAAGUUAUUUUUUUCCUCCUAUUGGAAAUUCUAAGAGUGGAGAAAUGACCUUUAGUAGUAGGACAACUGAAUUCCUUGAAAGGUAAGACGAUGGUUUUCAUCCUUUUACGUUACGUGCUGCAAAUUACAGUCGACUGUGACAGCCAGUUACUGUCAGAAUGUAACUGUCAUUCCUGUGUGCUGCUAAAUUAGCAGGUGUUCCACUGCUUUCCCGUUGCCUUGGUUAAAUGAAAUAGUUUCCUUUCUUCCACAUUUUAUAAUGCAAUUAGAAACUAACAACUGCUUUCUACUGUGCAGUUUCUAGCAAGGAUAAACAAGCUCUGAAAUGAGUCUGAAUUUUGGGUCUGUUGCUCCUAUUUCAAGUUAUAGAUGUGCUAUUCAGUGCAAAUCAGAAUUGAAGAACUCAGUCUAACAGACAUCCGUUGAAAGAGACUUUUCUGCUCUAUAAAAAUGUUCUCAGCUUGAAGUUAUGCAGACAUUCGUUCAUGAGACAAGAAUAAUAGCUUUAAUUUCUCCUGAUCUUUUCUAUUUCCUGUUUAGCAGCCACGUGGAGUGGUAAAAUUUGCUUCAGCAUUUGUUCAUCUCUCAGAGCUUUGUAAAUACACAAUUUUGACCCAAUAGGAGCCAGAGUGUGCUCAGAGUGUGUAAAGCAUAUAUGCAGUGUGGUGGCAGUAAGCCUACAUGCUUACCCCAUCAGAGAACAAGUGUUCUCCUUCCUCAAUGACGAGCCCUCCCUUGCUCACAGUGAAACAUGGACAUGUCUUAAAGCAUUUACACCAAGUUCCUUGAGACACGAUCUGGCAGUGCUGGAAAAGCAGCUCUGCUAGAUCUCUCCAGUUUGCCAACAUAUGCACAAUGGUCCUCUUGUUCCCUCAGAUGUGUGUGUGUGAAAUUCCAAUGCUAAUGGGAAUUUUGUACAUGGGUAGCAGGGAAGAGCCCCACUCUCUUUGUGCAUCUCAAUGAGUGCCACACUUGUCAGAAUAGUUGAUCCUUUUGCAUGCAAUUAGCUAUUCCUGCUGUAAUGUCCAUUGCUGGCAAUGGAAACGUUUGAGACUAAUGACUUUGACUUGUUUUGUCAUCCUAUCUCUGACCUAACUGGCUAUAAGUGAGAAGCAUUCAACACUUCACCUCUACAAAAAGCAAUUUUGCAGCCAAACUGUAUUGCUUCUGGUUUUUAAAUAAACACUGCAGAAAAUCAA